AUGGAUAAAACACCUAAAAAGACUAAAGAUAGCAAGGCUGUCAUCGAGACAACCACUCCAGAGAAGGUCAACAAGCCUUCAAAGUCAACAACUCCAGCCAAGUCUGCAACAACCCCAGCCAAGACUGCUACCACCCCAGCCAAGUCUGCGGCAACACCAGCCAAGACUGCGGCAACACCAGCCAAGGCUGCUACUACCACCCCAGCCAAGACAGCUACUACAACCCCAUCAAAGCAAACGACCACUCCAGCCAAGACUGCGACUGCUACACCAGCCAAGACAGCCACUACAACCCCAUCAAAGCCAGCGACUACUACCCCAGCCAAGGAUACAAAGAAGACAAAGACAACAACAACAACCCCAGCAAAGGAUACAAAGAAGACUACGACAAAGGAUAUAACAACGACAGAGGCACCAACAACUAAAUCAGUAGAGAAGAAGACUACCACUACACCACAACAACAGAAGAAGCAGACACCACAGAAGAAGGAACAGACCAAACAACCACAGCAAAAGAGGAAGAACACUGAAUCAGAGUCGAAUGAUGCUGAGGAGAACAACAAGGUCGUUCAAUCUGAGAAGGUCACCAAGAAACAGAGAGUUGAGAAGAAGACUACUACUGCACCAGCAGCCCCUUUUGUUGCUAAGGAGGCAGUACCUGAGCUGACACCAACACCAACACAAGCACCAGCACCAGCACCAGUAUCCUCUGGCAUGUCUAUCUUUGACGCAUUGAGGAAACAACAGGGAGAUGAGCAACAAGCAAGUGGUAACAAUAAGGCAGUUAUGGACUCAUUCUCAACAACGAACGCAUUUGAAGCACCUGCUCCUGCUGAGACGACCGAGGCUCCAACUGCACCACGUCUCAACAGUGUUGGCAAGCAAACAGUCACAGAAGAGGAGAAGGAAGCGAGAAAGCAAAAGGACCAGGAGAUCAGAGACGAGUCCAAUCCACGCACAGUGUUCGUGGCCAAUGUCGACCUGUCCUCCAAUCCAAAGGAAUUGAAGGCAUUGUUUGGAAAGUAUGGCAAGGUCGAGCACGUCAGAUUCAGAUCGUUGCCCGUCAACAAGGAGGGUGCCAACAGAAAGGCAACAUACAUCAACAAGGAGUAUCAUGAUAAGAGAGACACAUGCAAUGCCUACGUCGUCUUUGAGAAGGAGAGCGAUGCCAAGAAGGCACUGGCGAUGAAUGGUACACUGUUCAGGGAGAGACAUCUUCGUCUGGAUAUAGCUGCCAACAAACAUGAGAAGGGCAAGGAUGAGAAUACAGUAUUCGUUGGUGGUAUCCCAUUCGAGUUGGAGAAUGAGGAAUUACAUAAUGUAUUUGAAGAGACAAUUGGAGACGUGGAGAAUGUUAGAAUCAUUAGAGAUAAGCAUACUGGAAUGGGAAAGGGCUUUGCCUAUGUACUGUUCAAGAAGACAAUUGGUGCCAGACGUGCCAUUGAGAAGAAGGAGAUGGAGGUCAAUGGAAGAACUAUUAGAAUAUUCCCCAACAAAGAGAAGCCCAAGGGAAAGAACGUUGCCAACGAAAAUGACAAGAAGAAGCCUCGUCACGUUGUUCCAAGGACAAGAAAGGCAAACAAGUCAGCAAUCAGCAAGCCAUUCGUCAAGCCAACAUCAAAGCCAAAGUCUAAAUGA